AUGUCGAGCAUCUCCCGAACCGCCAACCUCUUCCUGCGCACCAGCAGAUCCUCUCUGCUGCGGCCCCGUGCUGUCAACCCUGUUCAGCAUGUUUUCCUCAAAGACAGAGUGGCUGCCCGUGGUCUGGCCACGGCGUUCGAGCGUACCAAGCCUCACGUCAACAUCGGUACCAUUGGUCACGUCGAUCACGGCAAGUCCGGAAUGCUAACAGGGCCCUCCCAGACCACUCUGACUGCCGCCAUCACCAAGCACCAGGCCUCCAAGGGCCUCGCGACCUUCCUCGAGUAUGGUGCCAUCGACAAGGCUCCUGAAGAGCGUAAGCGUGGUAUCACCAUCUCCACUGCUCACAUCGAGUUCUCCACCGACGACCGUCACUACGCCCACGUCGACUGCCCCGGUCACGCCGAUUACAUCAAGAACAUGAUUACUGGUGCCGCCAACAUGGAUGGUGCUAUUGUUGUCGUUGCCGCUUCCGAUGGUCAGAUGCCCCAGACCCGUGAGCACUUGCUGUUGGCCCGUCAGGUCGGUGUCCAGAAGAUCGUGGUCUUCGUCAACAAGGUCGAUGCCGUUGAUGACCCGGAGAUGUUGGAGCUCGUUGAGCUGGAAAUGCGCGAGCUCCUGACCAGCUACGGAUUUGAGGGUGAAGAGACCCCCAUCAUCUUCGGUUCUGCUCUCUGCGCUCUUGAGGGCCGCCGUCCUGAGAUUGGUACUGAGAAGAUUGACGAGCUGAUGCACGCCGUCGACACCUGGAUCCCCACCCCCCAGCGUGACCUCGACAAGCCCUUCCUGAUGUCCGUCGAGGAAGUCUUCUCCAUUGCUGGUCGUGGUACCGUCGCUUCCGGCCGUGUCGAGCGUGGUAUUCUGAAGAAGGAUAGCGAAGUCGAGAUCAUCGGUGGUGCUUUCGACGCCACGAAGACCAAGGUCACUGACAUCGAGACCUUCAAGAAGUCUUGCGACGAGUCUCGCGCUGGUGACAACUCUGGUCUCCUCCUCCGUGGUAUCCGUCGUGAGGAUGUUCGGCGUGGUAUGGUCAUUGCUGCUCCUGGCAGCACCAAGGCCCACGACAAGUUCCUUGUCUCUAUGUACGUCCUCACUGAGGCUGAGGGUGGCCGUCGUACCGGAUUCGGUACCAACUACCGCCCCCAGGUCUUCAUCCGUACUGCCGAUGAGGCCGCUGACCUCAGCUUCCCCGACAACGAUGACUCCCGCCGUGUCAUGCCCGGUGACAACGUUGAGAUGGUCCUGAAGACCCACCGCCCCGUGGCUGCUGAGGCUGGUCAGCGCUUCAACAUCCGUGAGGGCGGCCGUACCGUCGCCACUGGUCUCGUCACCCGUGUGAUGGACUAA